AUGCCUGGAGAGGCUGGAACGCAAAGCUCGCUGUUGCGUCACAGGCCAUCACAAAAUGUCCAUUAUAUGUCAAUUCCCGUUAACAGAGCGUCUCAGGCAUCCUCACCUGAGGACCCGGGCGCCUUUUGCGAUAACGCAAGGAGACAGUCCAUUUUGGACCAUCCCAUAGGCUCAUUUCGUGGAGUGAACUCCUUAGGUCGAUUCGCUUCGUCUUUGAGAAGAGCUAAUUCAUUUAUGAACAUCGAGGUUAACACGGAUAAAGAGCGGUCUUUCCUCAAAGAUGGUCAAGAUGCACUUUAUGAUCCAAACACUUUGGCCCCAUCUGCCGAUGGCAGGCGACUUUCUAUAGCCCUCACCUCAGGCAGAGGUGUAUCUGUGCGGCCGUCUGUUACUGACCUAACAAGUGGUCGAUUUGACGGGAGUGCAUUUGCCGACGACCAAGACAGUUCCUCGGCUGUUAGAAGUGUCAUUUCUAGUGACCAAUUGAUCUCUCGUCGCCCAACCUUGUGUUUCAAUGACUUUAACAAUGCGAUAGAUCCCGACACAGAGUCAAUAAUGUUGAAGCAAGUUGAAAGAAAAGAUGGUAAAAUAGUAACCUUGUUAGCGGGCCAAUCAACGGGGCCUCAAACUAUCUUCAAUUCGGUCAAUGUUUUGAUUGGUAUAGGGCUAUUCGCACUGCCUUUGGGAAUGAAAUACGCUGGAUUUGUUGCGGGUGCCAUACUAUUGUUCGUUUUCGCAGGUGCUACUUUUUGCAGUGCUGAAUUGCUAUCCCGCUGUCUUGAUACCGAUCCAACCAUGAUAUCAUAUGGCGAUUUGGGCGCGGCAGCGUUCGGACCAAAAGGUCGCGCGCUAGUUUCAUUCCUUUUUACCUUGGAUCUUCUAGGCUCUGGCGUCGCUUUGAUAAUUAUUUUUGGGGACUCGCUCAAUGCUCUAUUCCCAAAAUACUCUGUCAACUUUUUCAAGCUUGUGGCCUUUUUCGCUAUUACCCCUCAGGCUUUUAUGCCAUUGAGCGUCCUCUCAAACGUCUCUCUAUUGGGUAUAGCUUCUACUUUGGGAACGGUGUUUUGCAUUAUUUUCUGUGGAUUAUACAAGUCUUCAUCUCCAGGUUCCCUUUUAAAUCCAGCCAGCACGUCUCUUUGGCCUGAAAACUUUAAGGGGUUUUGCCUUUCGAUUGGUUUACUCAGCGCUUGCUGGGGGGGCCACGCUGUGUUUCCGAACUUGAAAAGCGACAUGAGACAUCCCGCUAAAUUCAAAAAGUGUCUGGUGACCACCUAUUCAAUCACCGCUACUGCUGACAUUGCAACGGCCAUAGUUGGAUUCCUCAUGUUUGGUACUGACGUCAAGGAUGAGGUGACAAAGAGCCUUUUGCUUACUGAAGGGUACCCUCACUACGCAUAUGUCGCCAUUUCUGCGCUAAUGGCUUUGAUACCCGUUGCGAAAGCGCCUUUAUGUGCCCGUCCUAUCGCAUCGGUUUUUAAUGUCUUGAUGGGUGUGUCGCAGGAAGACACAAAUGUUGAAGGCGCCAAAUAUCAUUUUAAGAAGAUCGUGUGUGCCUUUAAUGCGCUUCUUGUCAAUGUGUUAUUUGUAGCAAUAGGAAUCAAGUUCCCAGAGUUCGACAAGUUUAUCGCGUUUCUUGGCGCAGGUCUGUGUUUUGCGAUUUGCCUAAUUUUACCAUGCCUUUUUUACAUGAAGUUAUGUGCAGACUCUAUCAAGCCAUGGGAGAGGAAAGCUUGUAUAUUUACAAUCUUAUUGAGCACUGUGUUCUCUAUUUUAGGUGUCGGAGCAGCUUUAGUAACCUGA